CGCCGAGCGCGGCGGGCGGCCGGGUGCGGAGAGUGGUGCACGUGGGAUGCGGGCCGGUGGAGCAUGUUUCCAGGCAUGAACCCAGCGGCUGCGGCGGCGGCGGCGGCGCGGCAUACGGCGCCCGGCCAGCCCGGCCAGCCGUUCAAGUUCACUGUGUCGGACUCGUGCGACCGCAUCAAGGAGGAGUUCUCGUUCCUGCAGGCGCAGUACCACAACCUCAAGCUGGAAUGCGAGAAGCUUGCCAGCGAGAAAAUCGAAAUCCAGCGCCAUUACGUGAUGUACUACGAGAUGUCGUACGGCUUGAACGUCGAGAUGACCAAACAGGUGAGCCCGCUUAGAGUGGACUCAGACUGA